AUGGUGGCAGUCGUCUCAUCUAGUGUUGAAUUGCAUCUUUCGACCCCGAAUGCUCAGCGGUGCCCAAAAGCCUUCUAUUUCAGACCAACUCCUGGCCAGUACUCGCAACCAGUUCUAUCAAUAUUGAACGGCGCAAUGGACGCGUUGUUCCAAGAAAUCACGACACCCAAUGGGCACACAUAUCAACAACCUCUCGGCCUUUUCAUCAACAAUGACUUUGUACAGGCAUCUGUCGGCCAGACGAUUACUAGCGUGGACCCAGCAACCGAAGAAAAGAUAGCCACCGUGCAGGCAGCCUCGGCCGAGGAUGUAGGCAAAGCGGUUGAAGCUGCUCAACGGGCGUUGAGGGACUCGUCGUGGAAGCUUCUCCCAGGAACAGGUCGGGGACGGCUGAUGGCCAAGUUAGCGGACCUGAUAGAGGAGCGUAAGGAGCUCCUGGCCUCUAUUGAUGCCUGGGACAAUGGCAAACCCUACACAGUAGCCUUGAACGAAGAUUUGCCCGAAACCUUCAACACCAUCCGGUAUUAUGCUGGCUGGUGCGACAAGAUGUCGGGCCAGACCAUUGAGACAGCGCCCAGCAAACUUGCCUACACUCUUCGACAACCGAUCGGAGUUGUCGGCCAGAUCAUCCCUUGGAACUAUCCACUGUCUAUGGCGGCCUGGAAACUCGGACCUGCCCUUGCGUGUGGAAACACCGUGGUGCUCAAAGCCGCCGAGCAGACUCCCCUCAGCAUCCUCGUGCUUGGUCAACUCGUCAAGGAAGCAGGCUUUCCUCCAGGUGUGGUCAACUUCGUAAAUGGCUACGGAGCGGAGGCUGGUUCGGCGUUAGUCCAGCAUCCUCUUGUCGACAUGGUGGCCUUUACAGGGUCGACGGGUACAGCGAAGCAGAUUAUGACCAUGGCAGCCAAAACUCUAAAGAACAUCACCCUGGAGACCGGGGGCAAGAGUCCUCUGAUUGUGUUUUCCGACGCCGACCUCCAACAGGCGGUCAAAUGGUCGCAUCUGGGCAUUAUGUCGAACCAAGGACAAAUCUGUACGGCCACCUCGCGAAUCUUUGUGGAGCACGACAUCUAUGACAAGUUCCUGACCAAAUUUAAGGAUACGGUCAACGACAUCUCCAAGAUCGGCAGUCAAUGGGACGAGACGACGUACCAGGGCCCACAGGUAUCUAAAGCGCAGUACGAUCGAAUUCUCUCGUAUGUCCAGGCGGGCAAAGACGAAGGGGCGACUUUGCUGAUGGGGGGAGAACCUCGCCCUAUUGAUAACAAGGGAUACUUUAUCUCGCCCACGGUUUUCGCCGACGUAAAGGACUCUAUGCGGAUCUACCGUGAAGAGAUCUUCGGUCCUUUUGUCGUUAUCUCCACCUUCCAGACCGAAGAGGAGGCUAUUUCUCGCGCAAACGACUCUACCUACGGCCUGGGAGCCGCAGUCUUCACCGAGAAUCUAAGAAGGGCUCACAGAGUGGCGGCCGAGAUCGAGGCUGGUAUGGUCUGGGUCAACAGUAGUCAAGAUUGCGACUUCCGGGUACCAUUUGGCGGCGUCAAACAAAGCGGCAUUGGCCGAGAACUUGGUGAGGCUGGCUUGAUGGCUUAUUCUCAAAUCAAAGCCAUCCAUGUCAAUAUGGGCAGUGGGCCAUAG